GUUGGAGUGUCGGGGGUGGUCGCUGGGAUUUGUGGACCAGCGAGCGCGUCCCUCGCGGCGGCGACGGAUUACGUGACGGCGGCAUGCUAUCCCCCGGGAUCUCAGCUCGCCCUGGCCACCUCUCACCCUCAGCCCCACGUCGUUGAUCCCGCGAUGACGCCCACCUCGGCGCCGGUGCCCACACCGACCACGGCGUCGGGACCCAACAACCCGGUAGCCAUGAGCCAGCUGGGAACCGUUUAUGCCACCAAGAGACGACGUCGGAACGGAAAAAGCCUAAAACCACCCCAAAAGGAUGGCGUAACGAAGUCGAACCCCAGCAAGCGACAUCGGGAACGAUUGAACGCCGAACUGGACACGCUGGCAUCGCUGUUACCGUUCGAGCAGAACAUCCUGAGCAAGCUGGAUCGGCUCAGCAUCCUCAGACUCAGCGUGAGCUACCUCCGAACGAAAAGCUACUUUCAAGUGGUGAUGCACAAAGAGAAGGAGGAAAACUCGCACCACGACUCGCACUACAGAGCGAGGGAAUUAGCCGCGUUCGCUGCGUACGACCAUCAUCAUCUCGACGGCGAAAUGUUCCUGCAGGCACUGAACGGGUUCCUGCUCAUACUUACUUGCGACGGGGAGGUGUUCUUCGCCACUCACAGCAUAGAAAGUUACCUUGGCUUCCAUCAGUCCGACAUCGUCCAUCAAAGUGUUUACGAAUUGGUACACAGCGAAGAUCGAGAGGAAUUGCAAAGGCAGUUGAUGUGGAACUCUUUUCUACCAGCGGAAAGUGCGAGCCUCCCCCUUCACGACGCCCUCUCGCCCCAACACAACCAUCUUCUGGAACGCAGUUUCACCGUCCGCUUCCGGUGUCUUCUGGACAACACGUCUGGUUUCCUGCGUCUGGACAUCAGAGGACGCGUGAAGAUCCUUCACGGGCAAAACAGGAAAACGGAAGAACCACCGUUAGCUCUGUUUGCCCUGUGUACACCUUUUGGACCACCAUCCCUCCUGGAAGUGCCACAGAAGGACGUGAUGUUCAAGAGCAAACACAAACUGGAUCUAGCGCUAGUGUCGAUGGACCAACGAGGAAAGAUGCUGCUUGGGUACUCGGACGCGGAGCUUGGGAACCUCGGUGGCUACGAUCUAGUCCAUUACGACGAUUUGGCCUACGUGGCAAGUGCUCACCAAGAACUGCUGAAAACUGGAGCCUCGGGCAUGAUAGCGUACAGAUUCCAGAAGAAGGACGGUGGAUGGCAGUGGCUGCAGACCAGUUCCAGAUUGGUCUACAAAAACUCGAAGCCUGACUUCGUCAUUAGCACACACAGACCCCUCAUGGAGGAGGAAGGCAGGGAUCUCCUCGGGAAGCGAACGAUGGACUUCAAAGUAAGCUACCUGGAUGCCGGACUGACUAACAGCUACUUCUCGGACAGCGAUAGUAUCACGGGGUCCGUAAUGACCCCGACGUUGCCAAGCCAGCCAACGUCCCAGCGAGUGAACAGGCGGUACAAGACGCAACUGAGGGACUUCCUGUCGACCUGUCGGAACAAGCGCACCAAGCUUUCCGCACAGUCGUCGGUGUCGCCGCCAGUCACGCCAACGGUAGCGUCCGUGGACUAUCUCGCGGCGGAUACUAGCGCCGCUGCCGCGGUGGCGGCAGCGUACAGCAACUUGAACACGAUGUACCCGACACCGUAUGCACCAACGGCGGUCGCUGCGAGCACGGAUCCCUCGUUGACCACGUACAUUGGUCACACGGGCAACUACCAUCAGACGCUCUACCCGGCCACUGCGUUGGACAAUAGGUACCUCACUGCAGCGACGGAGAACCUGUUCCAGUACAGGCCUCUGGGUUCCUACUACCCAGAUUACCACACGAGUACCCCGUACAACGGAUUCAUAGACGUCUCCCUGCCCACCUACGAGACGCACCAGCUGACGAGCAAAGCCGAGGAGAAACUGUACUGCCAGCAAUUAGGCGAGUCUCCCAAGUACAGCUACGUGGAGACGAGACACCCCAGCAGCGUUAGUGGUUCCCCUUACGCGGCAAGUCCGGUUGCAAGCGCGUCGACUAUGCACACGGCAACAGCCGACAUCAACAUCGUUCGCGCGGGCAGCAGGCACUCCUUGGAAGGUGGUGCAUCGUCCAGCAAUUCGGCUGGGAGUUCUCCGGUGACCGGACCGACGAACGGAGUGCUCACACCGAAGAUAGAAGAUGUGAAGCCCGAGGUUUACGGAAACGAGGCGCCUCGACAGACAGUCCUGAUGUGGGGGGCGCCACCUUCGCGCACACCUCCGAGGAACAACGGUAGCUACAGCCCGCCAACGCCGCAUUCCACCCAUUCGUCCACUCAUUCCACCAACGCCACGACCGGGGAUCCCCUGAAAUCCUUGGCAGAGAUGAACUCCAUGAACGGGGAGUGCAAAUGGCGGCAGACAUCCCCCGGCGAGCAACAAACGACCGCUCCCAGUUCCCCUAGAACCAAGGCGCAGUCUCAGCAGCAGCAUCAACAUCAUCAACAGCAGCAACAGCAACAGCAGUACCCAGUGACUACGUCACAGUAUCAAGCGGCGGCGGCGGCCGCGGCCGCAGCUGCAGCUGCAGCGGCCAGCACUAUCGGAUACGCGCACUCUCAUCCGGGCCAUGGCCACGGGGAAGCGGGCUCCGAGCACACCCCCGUCAGCUGUGGGAACGGGGACGGGAGUCGGCAUGGGCAUCGGCCAGGACAGCAACACCAACAACAGCAACGUCUUGUACCACCCUCCGCACCACCACCCUCAGCACCAACACGUGGGGUCAUCGGGGGGAAUGGGCUCAACUGUCCCACAGAUUCCAAACCGGACGCCGGGAGUCCUUUGCUGUCCAUCUCUGAGGUGACUAACACCCUGCUCAACCAAUAGUCUCUUCGUGACCUCAGCAUCGCUCCGUUUUAGUGAUCAAGAUAUCUCACAGGAGAUGGUUUCACCGGGCCGGAUCGCAAGACGCGCGACUGUACCAUACAGAUAAUAUUGGUUAAACUGUUAAGAGUAUUCUCGUAUAGUGCUGUAACAUAACAUACUCAUUACAGUUAAUGUAUCCGACGUUGCUACGACGUAUGUGUAUGUAUGCCUGAUUACGUUAGCUCAUCCGUAUCGUUAAGUUCCACACAAAAGUUCUCCGGGGGACGUGCAUUUCGAAGUUUCAAACGUGAACACGCGUGAAAGGCGAUCAUCACGGUGCAUCCUACGAUCUCGCCGCCAUUUUAGAUUAACGUUUACGUUGGAACGGUAGAAUAAUAGGGGGGUGGGGGGGGGGGGGCAGGAGGAAUAUUUAGAUUUUUUCAACGUACGUUUAAAAUUAACGUAUCUUCCGGGAUCGUAAUUGAUGUUUAAAUUUAAAAAAUCUUCAUUCCAUCGAGGAGCACAAACCAAAUCGCCUCGAUCGAGCCACGGGAUACCAGGCCUGGGCUGAAGUUAUUUUAAAAACAAAAUGGAACAUAUCUAGGAUGAUAAAAAUGGCAAUCUUUCAUUGUAAAAAUAAUUUAGGAAACGUAACUUCUGUUUUCUGCAACUUUUGUUAUUUAUUUUAUAAUUUUUAAAAGCGACUUAGCAAACGUAAUUUUGUUUCAUUUAUUCGAAUGAUGCCCAGGUCUGCCUUGAAACGCAACACACAAACGGAAUUUAGUUUUCAUUAAUCCUGCGUAUAAACUGUGUGAUCGUGCUGUACGUACUAUCGUUGAGAGAUGGGUCAAAUUUUUAGUUAGAUCAAAAUAUCGAAUGACGAAUAAAAGAACCUACAGAAGAUAUUCUACAAUGAACAAACGAGAAUCGAAUAAAUUACUAUGCACUUGUUUCAUUUAUUAUCUAUUAUUCGAUUAAAAUUUCGCCCAUCUCCGCCAUUGUUGCUUUAUUUCUUUUACUUUCUCAACAUUGAUGCGGUUCAAAUUAUUUGUCUUCGUUGACGACAACGAGUGAACGUGUACUUUUUUCGUGCGCCCGUAAUCUAUCUCCGGUAUCGUGGAAUAUUUUUUAUCGCUCGGAGACAAUUUGCCCGAAAAUUAAUCGAAAUUAGAUAAUCAUGCACGAGCCAACCUCGAUGGGGGGCCGGGAAAGGGUUAAUCGUGUCGUUGCGUUCGCGCGUGUAAUAAUUUUUUAAAGGUGUACACAUGGAUUCUGUGAUAUGCGUUAGGUAAUUGAACGUGCGGCACUUUAUUGCAUUAUCAACAAACGAGUAUUAGUAUUUUAUUUCGAUAAAACGACAAUGCAUCUCGCACGCCUUCGACAGAAGAAUGUUUUGCGUAGAUUAGGGUAGGAUCAGGUUGGGACCAUUUGUUCUAUGUUCUUUUUGAACAAAUUACAACAGGGACAAAAGUUACAAAAAUCAGCUACCAGGAUUUAUUGAGGCAACAUUUUGAAACUUUGUACUUAUAUGUAGUUUGUUCACACUGAAUUCGAUUUUUUAAACAAUUUCUUUCUACACCAUCGAAUUCAGCGUGGAAGAACUACAUAAAAGUACGAAGUACUUGUAAAAUUUUGCCUCAAUAACUAUAGGUAGCUGAUUUUUGUGACGCCCUCCCUUAACCAGCUUCCGUUCGCAGCCACUACGUUUACAGUCACAGAAAAUGUUGUUUCGAGUGCAUAAGAAUAUUUGAAUGUUUAUUCGAAUAGUCCCAGCCCUAGUGUAGAUCACACAUUUUACGUUUUCCUAUUGAAGAAACAAGAAAACUAGCAGAGUACAGAUAGAGUUGCGUGUUCUGUUAAACGGGCCAAGACGGAAAACAAAAUGGGGGAAGUAAAGUAGAUGAACCGCGAAACUCUCGAAUUCAGCUGAACCCCUCAGUCUCGCCAAUAUGUAUUUUUUGUUUUGUUAAUAAGUUUGUAAUUUUUGUACUUAAUUAAUUUAUACGCUAUUUAUGUACAUGUGUAAUCGACGUUUAGCGAAGCUAGACGGGCCUUCCAUAAUUUUAAUAGACGUACUCUCAUUUCGCGAACUUGCGUUGACGUCCGCCGCUCUAAAGAAAAUGAAAGCUUCUAAAAGAAAGCGGAAAGAAGAAGGAGAGAUGGGAAAUCUCGAUAGGGAAUGAAUCGAUCGACUCGAGAAAUUUCAAUUCUUCGACUCUUCGGAGGGAAAAUUGGGGGGGAAUGAAGAGAAACGUGAUUUUAUUUUGGGUUACGUUACAGUAUACAUAUCAGAAUGGAGAACAGGAAGGAAACGACGCGGUGUCGCCUUUCUUUCUACUGCGAUCUUGGUAUAUAUAAAAAGAUUAUAUAUAUUAUAUAUAAAGAUAUAUACAGUCUAAAGAACUUAACGUUUUCACCCCUAAAGUAUACGUCGUUUUUUUUCAAGAUACAAAAAACUGUCAGAAAAAGAAAUUGUUUAUUUAGGAGGGAUAGAUUAUUCAUUUCGUGACUUCAUACUUGUGUAUUUGGUUUUGGAAUUGAUGUUACGACGAAUUGGAUGUGUACUGACACCUAUACAAAACACUAUUUUGCGUGUGACAACCAUGACAAAAUAUUUAUUAAAGAUUAUUCGAACUUCGAAUUGCUACAGAAUGCUAAAAAUUCACUUCGAUAUCGUUUAAAACACUCUACACAAAAAUAUGAUCUUGAAACAAUUUCCCCCUCUUAACCAAUCGAUAUCUUCUGAUUUUAUUUUGUAUCGUUUAAAGAAAUGAAGUUUUUUGCGAUGACAGCGAUAGGUGCUUCAGCCUGUAUAUUGUAUUAUUUACUACUAGGAACGUUUAAAUCUUACGGAUAGUAUGGUAAUGAUUUCUAAGGCUAUCAACGACGUCUUUUUCCUUCGGAUCCACGCGUCUUUUGACCUUUGAGCUGCGAUUAUUCUGUACUUUACCUACUUCGUGUCGUUGUAGUGUUAUACAAUAUACGAAACUAUUUUGCUAUGAUUAUUUGUAAACAUCCAGUCCGCUGAUCGGCUUUGCGAUAGACGUGUCGACAUUUGUUACCGACGUGGUUCUUUCAAAAGUACAUUUAGAAUCGCAGAUAUCUCCCAAAUUAUAAAUAAUAGUAAAAUAUUUUAACACUUCUGAAGGACAUUGAAAAAUUGGCGUUGCAAUAGUGACAAUAAAUUACUACUAUACAUAUCUAUUAUACAAAUACUAUACAUAUCGAUCUCUGUAAUUAAUUAGAGCUCUUGCUGUUAAGUCUCUCAUUCAUAUCGAUACAAUGAGCGAAACCAGUUUCCUUUUAAAUAAAGAGUUCGUAGGAUACGAGUUGAAUACAGGGUCAGUAACAAGUGUCGACAAUCCACAUUGUAAAUUCACAUCUUCAAUCGUAACAGCUUGAAACUACGUUUCUUUGCAAUAUCGUAUGAAGAUCUACUAUUAUAAGUAAUUGAGUCUAGUCCAUACAUAAAGCGAAUUAACGAUAUCCACUAUGCUUAAAUUGUAACAAUGUUCUCACUAGCAACUCACCCCUGCCGACAAUCUUGCUUGGUAAAUUAAUUACCCCUCCAUUGUACACAUUUAUCUAUAAAUAUGUCCACGCGAGUAAUCGCAACUCUCGAAUUGUUUGUCGACCCUUAAACCACACAGGAUUGCAUUCAAAGUUCCUCUUCGAAAUUUUACCAAUGGAGCAAUAACUUUAUUAUUAAAAAAAGUCCUUGUAAAGAUUGCUCUUGUACAUUUUGAAAUGACUUUCUAUUCGAAGGAAUACUUUCAAUUACUUCUUUAUCGUUACUAAACGAAUAUUUAAAAGGAUUAAGAAUAGAAAAGAAGGAUCCUAUGGUUUAAGGGUAAACAUUAACUGUUCUUUGAACGAUCACAUUGGUGAGAAUAUUUUGACAGUUUAAGCAUACAUGUAUAUUUACUGUAUAUUUAAAAUAAGGUAUCUUCUAACGAGCAUAGAUAAGAUUAGUCAAUAUAGACUCCCCAUAGCUACCCACAUAGAUCAAAAUACGUACCUUAUUUUAUAGUAACCGGUAUCUGCAGACGAUAUGUAAUUUAAUCGUGACCCUGUCAGGCUAGAUCAUUAAAGUGAGACUUUUAUCAUUACGCAUUUUCUAUUUUACAUUGAAGACAAUGAGCAUUUAUCGAUAACAAACAUCACUGAGUGCCUGCUUCAAUUUAAACGACUAUCAGACUCGAGACCAAUCUUCGUUGAUUUCUUACGAAUGUAACAAUAAGUGAGAAGACACUAUUACACGUAUCCAACAUAGACAAGAAUUGAGAUAAAUAUGAGAUCGAAAUGUAUCAAAUAGUGAUACUUUCUUUACUUGAUGGGUUUUGAGGAAACCUGUGCGCAAGGGUAUAUUGAAUGUUUAAUUGAAUUUAGUUCGUAAUUAUUCUUAAUUCUUUCACUGACAAGUACUGGCAGUUAUACACAUUACUGUCAAAUUCAAGUAAAGAUAGAACACCGAAUUGACAAGUACAUCAUUUUCAGUACACUUUUACUGUCUCUAGACAGUAUUACACGUUGAAAGAUAAUUUCGCACGAUUUCGAUCGUUUUUCGUUGUAAUCCAAAGUGAUAUACGUAUAAGUUAAGGUCAUUUGGUAGCGAUUAUUAGCGAUGAUUUUGAGAUUCCUUGCAGAACCACAAUUCUUGAU